CGCGCGCUCUUCCUCCUGCUGCUGCUCCUCGCCGGCCCCCAGCCGCGGGCCGCCCAGAACUGUCUCAACAAACAGCAGCUCCUCACGGCCAUCCGCCAGCUGCAGCAGCUGCUGAAGGGCCAGGAGACCCGCUUCGCUGAGGGCAUCCGCAACAUGAAGAGCCGGCUGGCCGCGCUGCAGAACUCUGUGAGCAGGGUGGCCCCAGACAGCCCCCCAGUCUCCUGCCCAGCUCUGAACGCUCCCCCAGAUGGCAGAAAGUUUGGAAGCAAGUACUUAGUGGAUCACGAAGUGCAUUUUGCCUGCAACCCCGGGUUCCGGCUGGUUGGGCCCAGCAGCGUGGUGUGCCUUCCCAAUGGUACCUGGACAGGGGAGCAGCCCCACUGCAGAGAUAUCAGCGAAUGCUCCAGCCAGCCUUGUCAAAAUGGUGGGACGUGUGUAGAAGGAGUCAACCAGUACAGAUGCAUUUGUCCUCCAGGAAGGACUGGGAGCCGCUGUCAGCAUCAGGCCCAGACUGCCGCUCCCGAGGGCAGCGUGGCCGGCGACCCCGCCUUCAGCCGCGCGCCGCGCUGUGCGCAGGUGGAGCGGGCGCAGCACUGCAGCUGCGAGGCCGGAUUCCACCUGAGCGGCGCCGCCGCGGGCGACAGCGUCUGCCAGGAUGUGAAUGAGUGCGAGCUCUACGGGCACGACGGGCACCCCCGGCUCUGCAUGCAUGCCUGCGUGAACACCCCGGGCUCCUAUCGCUGUGCCUGCCCCAGCGGAUACCGGACCCUGGCUGACGGGAAGAGCUGUGAGGAUGUAGAUGAGUGUGCCAGCCCACAGCACAUCUGCCCCCGGGGGACAAUGUGCAUCAACACCGGUGGAGGCUUCCAGUGUGUAAGCCCUGAAUGCCCUGAGGGCAGUGGCAACGUGAGCUACGUGAAGACGUCUCCAUUCCAGUGUGAGCGAAACCCCUGCCCCAUGGACAGCAGACCCUGCCGCCAUAUGCCCAAGACCAUCUCCUUCCAUUACCUCUCUCUGCCCUCCAACCUGAAGACGCCCAUCACACUCUUCCGCAUGGCCACGGCCUCAGCCCCUGGCCGACCUGGGCCCAACAGUCUGCGGUUUGGGAUUGUGGGUGGGAACAGCCGCGGCCACUUUGUGAUGCAGCGCUCAGACCGGCAGACAGGGGAGCUGAUCCUUGUCCAGACCCUGGAGGGGCCUCAGACACUGGAGGUGGACGUUGACAUGUCAGAAUACCUGGAGCGCUCCUUCCAGGCCAACCAUGUGUCCAAGGUCACCAUCUUUGUGUCCCCCUUUGACUUCUAAGGGUGCUAUGGGGGCACUGGGGUGUGGAGAUCUGGGCUCAUUUAUUUCUCUUCCCCGAAGACUCAGCUGGGGCACUCACAGACUUCUGCCCCUUCCUGCCUUGCCUCUAUCCACUUGCCUAUUCACCCAGGCUUCUAGGGCAGGGCUGCAAGCUGUCCCAUGGAAUGGCACAGAAGGACAUCCACAAAACCCAAACUGCUGCCAUCACAAUUUUUUUCUGCUUUAAGGCCCUUUCCUUAGAUUAUGCACUAACUCUCUCAAACCUUUUUUUUAGGGGAUGGGCAGCUUUUCAAAAUGCUGUGUGAGUGGCAUUGUGAGUUCUCACUAGCUGGGGAGGGAAAAGGUCAUGCUGUGUAUCAGAUGACUGUCAACUCUUCUGCACUGUUACAGUCAAGCCUUGCUAUGAAUGAAGUGGUUCUAGUUAUGCUGAGGGUAAGUCAUGCCCCGUGCACCUGUGGCAUAGGAGGCAGAGUGUCCUCCCAUGACCCAGCAUGUUCUUGUCUGCAUUCCCCUCUGUGACAUGCCUGCUGGCCUCCCCAUCAGAGAGCCAGGAGGGCCUAUAAACCGCACACAGAUCCUUCCAGACCAGGAAAACAUUAAAGCAUAGAUUCUGCCUGAAUUACUACCUUUUUGAGAAAUCAUAUCCCCAAAACAUAACCUGGCUUUAUAACUGAAGAAAUAAAGUCUGUUGCUCCUCCCUGCCCACCUGAGUUCUCCCUGACCAUGAGAUAGCUCACUUCCCUCGAGGAGGGGACAGCUGGCUCUUUUCCUGUCUGGGUUGGACACACUAGGAUAAAUGAAUAAGAGAGAAGGCACAGAAGUGAUGUUUGGGAUUGCUCCACCAAUACAAAUUUAUUGUGGCCACAUGGGAGAUUGGGAAGGGCAACAUCGGGCCAUGGAGAGUUUAGAAAAAUGCUCAAGUUGUUGAUUCCAUGGCCUUCUGCUUCUGACGGAAGAACGCAGGAGUGCUGACCUCCAGGUGAGUGAAGAAGGAAAACACUGGCCAGGGCUGAGGGUGGGGUGGGGGAGACCAUUCAAGUUAAAACUGAAAAGCUAGCUGAGUUGUGAGGAGGUUUCAAUAUCCAAAUACAUGUUAAUCUACUGAUGAGAUUUCCUCACGCAUAUUUAAAAAUACUUUGUAUCUGCGCUGGUAUGAGAUGGAGCCAGAGGAAGUGUGUCACCAUUUUGGUGAUUGAGCCCCAUAUCAGGGUGGUUUCUAGGAUGGUUUAUCCCUGUCCUCUUUUGUCAGACAAAGAGUGAGCACAGUCAAGAGUUGUUUUUAACAUUUUUCUUCUCUCAUGGGCUCAGCUAUGACCUCUCUCUAACAAGAGAAAAAGUGUCUGCUUUUCUGGGUUGUUUCAAGAAUUUAUUAAAACAUUAUCCACA